UCAGUUUCCCUCUACACCGGUUACCUGUCUGUCUCGGGUAAGUGUGUUGUCACAGGGGCUGUGUCUAUUCCAGUUAUAAUGCUACACACCCGUCCUACUGUGUACAGGAGAGAUGGCGACCUCCCAGAAGUUGACAGAACAUUUCCUGACAUGCACCAUAUGUACAGAGGUGUUUGACAAGCCCUGUACACUUGUAUGUUAUCACACCUUCUGUCGGAAAUGUGUCGUCAACUACACCAAAACCAAACGGGAAGCCAUCAGUGCCAAGUCUCUCCUGUGCCCAUUCUGUAGGAAGAUGACGAAAGUGUCUGACCCCGAGAGACCAGUGGAGGAGUGGGCGGAUGACGUCAAGCCAAGCUUCGUCAUCCAGGGACUGUUGGACUCGUUUGGCCCCGGAUCUAAAGAUACAACUAACUGCAGUUAUUGCAAGGAGGAAGGGGAGACAACUCCAGCUACAUCUUGGUGUUCUGUUUGUGACGACGCACUAUGUGAACAAUGUACAAGGAUGCACCAACGAAUCCCCUCUUUCCGUCACCAUGACAUAAUUGACCUGUCUGGAGAGACAAAGGUCAAGGUCAAGAGAAAGGUCAUGUGUAAAGUUCACAAGGACGAGAAUAUCAAAUAUCUUUGUAAAGAUUGUAAAACAGCUGUUUGUCAAACAUGCUGCACCAUCCAUCACAGGAAAUGUGAGAUGGUUGUUGAAAUUGAGUCAGAUAUUCCUGCAAUCAAAACCGAGCUGAAAAGGAAUAAAGAGAAUUUGCUAAAGAAACACGAUGAGAUGAAAACAUAUGUUGGAAAACAAAACUCCAUUGUCAAAGAAGAAUUGGCGCUAUAUAUACAAAUAGAAUCAAGUAUCAAGUCUGCAAGUCUCACAGCAAUACAGAUGAUCAAAGUCAAGGAACGAAAACUUCUGUCUGAACUGAAAGAGAUGUCUGACAGACACAUUGGGCAACUGAAGGCAGACAUAAAGUCAGGUGAGAUGUCAGUACAGAUGUACCAACAACAGACUGAGCUGAUAGACCAGGCUCUACAAUCUGAGUGUGACAUGGAUGUGUAUGAGAUGUAUCAGGGAUGUGAGGCCGGUGAUGUUGAGGCUGUCGGAGUCGUAGACGUGAAGGAGAAGGGAAGAAUAGACAGGAUAACAUUCAGACAGGACACGGACAAGCUGAGUAGAACACUGGAAGAUCUCCCUCUGGGUGAGAUACACGUCCAGUAUGACGAUGUGCUGGACCUGAAGGCUGCUCCUGUGUUACAGGACACUAUUACUGUGCUGGACCUGAAGGCUACCCCUGUGUUGCAGGACACCAUCAACGUGACAGUAGCAGGAGAUGUAGGUGGAGAAGACCUGAUUGACUUGACGGUGUUAGAGGUGAAUGGUACAGACACAGUGGUAGUUACAGACUACAACAACAAAUGUGUAAAGUCCUUCUUCACCAGGAACAGUCAGCCAGGUCACAGCAAGCUCAGUCUGGAAAGUGAACCAUGGGGUAUAACAAGGCUGAAACACAACCAGGUGGCUGUCGCUGUGUGGGAUACCAGACAGAUUGUAACAGUUGAAGUGAACCCUGACCUGGUGCUGCUGUCGACCAUCACAACCAACAAACAGUACUGGGGUAUAACGUCUCUGACACCAUCAACACUAGCUGCAAGUUCCUACUCCCCUCCCUGUGUUGAUAUCCUGGAUAUGUCGGGACACAUGCUGAAGUCAGUUUGGUCUGGUCACAGAGGUGGAGACAUCUUAAAGUCUCCCAGCUUCCUCUGUACCACGAGGACGGGAAACAUCCUGGUGUCGGACUGUGGAACCAAGUGUGUCGUAUGUCUGACCCCCGAGGGAGAUGUGGUGUUCAACUACAGACCUACAGGAGACACAGCACUGAAGUACCCACGCGGUAUCACAAGUACCAGCACAGGCGACAUCCUGGUGACAGACUCCCUACAACACAGAGUCAUCCAUCUGACAGAGUCAGGAGAGUUUGUUAGAAACAUACUGACAUCACAGGAUGGUGUCCAGUAUCCACUGGGACUGUGUGUUGGUGGUCGUGGUCGUAUGUACGUUCAUACAAAUGGAGUGAAGGUAUUUACAUUCUGUAAGUGAGUGAACAUGUCACAAUUUCUUUCUUUAUGUUAAAUAUAGAUGUUACCUGGAUAGAUAUGAUGUGAUGCACUGUAGGAACAUUUGACUUUUGAUGUGAACGUGACGAACCAAACCUGUUGUAGAAAGACACAGCUUGUAAUGUAAUGAGGGUCUGUGGGGUAGCCUAGUGGUUAAAAUGUUCGCUCCUCACGCCGAAGACCCGGGUUUGAUUCCUUACAUGGGUACAAUGUGUGAAGCCCAUUUCUGGUGUCCCCUGCCGUGAUGUUGCUGGAAUAUUGCUAAAAAGCUAAAAGCGAUAUAAAACCAUACUCUCUCACCUACUGGAACGUAAUGUAAUGUAAGCAGCCAUUACUUCUACUUUAUAUUCAGAUAUAUUGUCUCAGUAACAAUGUGUGGUCCAAAAUCAUGUAGAAUAUUGAUAUUUUGAGUUGUAAUGAUUUUGAAUAAUUCUUUCUUUAAGUGACUUUGAUGAACAAUUGUUUUACAAAAUGUACUGAAUGGGUUGUAGGUCUUAUUGCAUGUUUAACAGCAGUUUUCACUCUCUU